UUGUUGUUCAAAGAUGAUUAAAUAUUUUUUGGUUAUACUUUUUGUGGGAGGAUUUUCAUCCCCCAUCAAGCGUGGGGAAGUUCCCCCAUGCCAGGUUUGCCAUAAAACAGAUCCUAAUAAAAUCAACGUACACUUAAUCCCACAUUCACAUGAUGAUGUUGGUUGGAAAAAAACUGUUGAUCAAUAUUUUUACGGAAGCCGAUCUGAUAUUCAAAAGGCUGGAGUUCGGUAUAUCAUUUCCUCAACAGUGGAAGCACUUAAAAGUGAUCCGGAUAGGAGAUUUGUUCAAGUCGAAACGGCAUUUUUCUGGAAAUGGUGGCAGCAGCAGACUGACAGUAUAAAACAAGAUUUUAUUAAUUUAGUCAAUAACGGACAAAUUGAAAUAAUUAACGCAGCGUGGUCUAUGAAUGAUGAAGCGGCCACAAAUUAUCAAUCCACAAUCGACCAAUUCACGUAUGGUCUGAGAACAAUUAAUGACACUGUGGGCAAAUGUGGGACUCCUAGAAUUGGUUGGCAAAUUGAUCCCUUUGGCCACAGUCGAGAGCAAGCUUCGAUUUUUGCUCAAUUGGGCUUUGACGGCGUAUUUUUUGCUCGAAUUGAUUACAAUGAUCGCAACCAGAGAAAAUCCGAUAAAAAUCUGGAAGUGAUUUGGCAGGGGAGUGCAAAUUUGGACAACACUGACAUUUUUACAAGUAUCUUUGUCGAUCAUUAUCACGCCCCGUCUGGUUACUGCUUUGAUAUUGAAUGUGGCGAUGAAGUGUUAAACGACGACGUCAGAAGUCCUGAUUAUAACAUCCCCAAAAAGAUUGAAGAUUUUCAAAAGAAAAUGGAAUCGACGGCCCAGUACUACCAGACAAACCAUAUCCUAAUUACCAUGGGGGGAGAUUUCCAGUAUCAAUCAGCCGAGAAAAACUUUAUCAAUAUGGAUAAACUUAUUACAGCUUUUAAAAACAACGAAAAAAUUAAUUUAUUAUAUUCCACUCCGUCGUGUUAUAUUAAAGCAGUUAAUGAUGAGGCUACUGCUAAAAAUUUAGAGUUUACACUAAAAACAGAUGACUUUUUCCCAUACGGUUCAGAUUCUCAUUGCUACUGGACUGGAUAUUUCACGUCACGUCCAAACUCCAAACGCCUUGAAAGAAUAGCUAACAAUAUUUUACAAGCCAGUAAGCAAUUGACUUCAUUUUCAAAAAUUAAUGGUAAUGAUCAUGAAGAAGACUUAACUCUUCUUAAACAAGCACUUGGUAUUAUUCAACACCAUGACGCUAUUACUGGCACAGCAAAAGAAGCUGUUGCUAAUGAUUACGUUAGGUUAAUAGCUAAAGGUAUUCAAAAUGCCGAAACUUCAUUAGGAGUUAUUAUAACAAAUCAGCUCAAAAAAGACCCUUCCUCUGGCAUCAAUUUAAAUCUAAAACAUUGUUUGUUAACCAAUGUUAGUAUUUGUGAAGCGACCAAAUCUGAUCGCUUUGUGGUAACUGUUUACAAUCCUCUUGAACGUCCAGUUACACAUUACGUACGAUUACCAGUACCAAAUGGUAAUUUCAAAAUAACUGGUCCCGAUGGUGAAGUUUCUUCCGACUUGUUUGACAGUAUUUCUAGCUUCGAUUACAUAGAUGAGAACACCGGGGUGCCAAGCACAAAAGAAUUAGUUUUUGCUGCCACUGAGGUACCUGGUUUUGGCGUGAAAUUAUAUUAUGUUCAAAAAAUCACUUCAGAGUCAAUUCUGAUAAAGCAAACGCACAAAUUCAAAUUUGGAACUGAUACAACCGGUUUUGAAAUUGACGAAAAAACUGGUCUUUUGAAAUCUGUUACUAUGAAUGGACAAACUGUAGAAAUUACUCAACAAUUCUUCUAUUAUAACGGUUUUAAUGGAGACAACAACGGUGAUGAAAACCGAGCUUCUGGAGCGUAUAUUUUCCGUCCUAAAGAAAAUGAAGCUACAGUUGUAAGUGACUCAGUCUCUGUUACUUCAACUACGGGAAUUCUGGUCGACGAAGUCCAUCAAAAAGUCAACGAUUGGGUUACUCAAAUUAUCAGAGUUUAUAAAGGAGUAAAUGAUAAAUACAUUGAAUUUGACUGGCUUGUUGGUCCAAUUGAAGUAGACAAAGAUAACAAAAUUGGCCGUGAAAUUAUAAGCAGAUUCACCGUUAAAGAUUUUGAUAAUGAUGAAACAUUUUUUACGGACUCCAACGGACGCGAAAUGAUAAAAAGACAGUUAAAUAAACGUAGUGACUACGAAUAUGAUCCAACACUUGAACCUGUUGCAAGUAACUACUACCCUGUGACUUCCAAAAUUGUAAUUAGGGACGAGAAGAAAAAAUUAGAAGUAGCGAUACUUAACGAUAGGGCUCAAGGAGGUUCAAGUUUACAAAAUGGAGCUAUUGAACUAAUGCUUCACAGAAGGCUUUUAAAAGAUGACGCUAAAGGAGUUGAGGAACCGCUUGAUGACGAAGAAUUUGGACAAGGAGUAGUUGCAAGAGGACAACUUUAUUUAGUCAUUGGUUCAACCGAUUCAAAUGUAGAAAACAAAUCAACAGCAGCACAGGAACGUGAAUUGGCUCUGAAAAAAUUAUUGAGUCCGUUGGUACUAGUUGGUGAUGCAACAUCUGACGAUUUGUCAUUUGAUAAAGUACAAAGUGUACUACAUUUCUCUUUUGAAGGACUUAGAAAAGUCCUUCCUGAUAACGUCCACAUUUUGACAUUUGAGCCUUGGAAAGAGGACAGUUUUGUUUUAAGAUUAGAACAUAUUUUGGAAAAUAAUGAAGAUACAAAUUUAUCACAGAGUGUUAGCGUAAAUCUAGAGGACUUAUUUGCCUUUUUUGAUAUUUCCGAAAUCAAAGAGACAACAUUAGGGGCUAAUGAAUGGAUGGAAGACUUUGACGCUAGAACAAAAUACGUGUGGAAAACUAAAAGUAAUACAUCUACAAUAAAUAAAAGUAUAUAUGUUCCACUAAAAGCCGGAGAGCUUGAAAUUACAUUGAAACCAAUGCAGAUACGUACAUUUAUUAUAAAAGCUUCUAAAAUAAGAUAAAUAUGUAUAAAUAACCCCUAAAAUAAAAAUUUAUAAAAUGUGUUAGAAA